AUGGAGCUCAUAACGCCGAGUCCGUUCAUGAUCCAGGUCAUCUUGCAACUUUUCCAUUUAAGGGGUACAGCUCCUGAAAAUCAAGCUGAUCCGACCCUCAAGCCGGAUCAGGUGUUCCCGCCGCCACCACAUCCUUUGGCGGACCCAGGAGGGGUUCAACGCUUUCUAGUGGAGCGUAUUUUGAUCCACCGCGAUGUAAAUGGCGUCCGGACGAGUUACCUCGUCCGCUGGCGUGGUUAUACACCGGCGUGA